GUUUACCUACUACUGCUGUCGAAGGAAGACGUUCGCGGUGUGGUGGGCAACGAGAUUAAUGGGGUUGCCAAGGCAGUUGAAGCGUCCCCUGUGUAGAGCAAUCACAAAUAUCUGUUGCGUUGUCGCUUGGGCCGUGCUUGUUUCGCCGACGGCACGACCAGCAACACCAGCACCGGACACAGACACGACGUAUUACCUUGUGGGGGUCAGCGGGGGCUUGCAGGAUGGAUUCGCUGCCCGUCACCGGCUAGACUACCACUCCGGCCUGGAAGACGAGAGCAAAGCGCUCCUUGUGGGAAACGCCCUCGUGAAGGGACACAAGGCGUUCCUUGACGUGAAGCAGAAGGGCUGGCGAGAGCACGUGGAGGAGCCUGGACCUCCGUUGGUCAAUCCCGUCGUCAUUCCAAGUGGGUGCGCCGAGCACGCCAACAUCUACGCAAUCUACGCCGUCGACUCGAGGCAGGCGAGUUCUUCACGCUUUGCUAAUGGAGCCCCGGUUUCUGAGCAUGACGCCCGACACGGGUCUGGUGGACUUGACCGCCGAGGAAACGGGACGGUUUGCCCGGACUCUCGCAAGACAUCAAGCGAGCGUUGAAGGCAAGAGCGACCUCGAAAGCGCGGCGUUCUUGUUGGUGACAGGCGUUUGGGCGCCGGGGAGCUUGAUUGAAAGUCCCGUGCUCUACACCAAAGGGGACGGAACCCAGGUGACAGACUACCCGCGGUCUUUGGCGCUUUGGGCCGGCACCACGGACGGCGCCCGCCUCGCCGACGAUAACGCCGAGCGCCAACAGUACUCGGAGUCCCUACGGCAGGCCAUCCGGCAAGCCGAACACCGCCUAGGGCAGCAGCAAGAACGAAAGGAUGCCCUCGUCCAAGCGACAGAAGAAGAAGCACAACGAGCAGAUAACGGUAGUGGUGACGUCACCACAGCCGCCCGCCCCCUCAGCGAGUGCCGAUCGCAGGCCAGAUACGGGUCCGGGCCGGACAUGGUCAGGAUGGGGAAGGAGUACACGGCUGGCGAGCUCCUGCAGAUCGUGCCUCAAGUAUUUGGGGUCCGCCCUGCGGCCGGGUCGCAGGAGCUGUGACUCGACCGACGCUAUUUCAAAGUCAUCAAGGUAUUUCUCUCUGCAGAUGGAGAUGUCCAUCUGCAGACAGAGAUGAAAAUGUAUGUAGAAUAUGAACAUGAAGACUACCCGUUCGAGAUAGCGCCACAGUUGAAAGGGGGGUGUUGUCAAGUCUUCACAGAUUGUCAGGAUAAGAGUUUUUCUUGCCCUACACGCCAUCCUAUGACCGGGUCGUUGGAGCUGUCGCUCGAAAAAGCGUAAAUGUUUCACGGGUUUAUAUCUACGGAUAGAGAUGAGGUGUAUUUAGGACAAUUACAUAUUGUCACUCGCAGACCAACCCGUUCGAGAUAGUAAGUGCCACUGUUGCAGUUAUAGGGAUGUGUUGCGAUCGCAGCCUGCGAGGAAGAAAAUUGUUUUCCUGCACCCCAUCCUACUGCCGAGUCGCAGGAGCUAUAGCGCGAAAACGGUUGAAAAGUACCACGCGUUUCUAUCCGUGGGUAGAGGAGAAAAUGUACUUAGAACAUGACAUACCAUCACUGAAAUAAUGCCUGCUCAAGGAAAACACAGCAGCGGUAGAAGGGGUGGAAGGUAGUCUUGUUUUCCUACAGUACACAUUUGUGGGGACUCUGUGUCUGGGAGGGGGGAGGCGGCAUGGUCGGGCGCA